CAACUGGCCAACUUCACGGACGGACCACCUGAGCUGUCAGCUCCACGUCGAGCCCACGACGACACAGCUGCUCCUCCAACUUCCAACCUUACUCCUCCUUUCGUCCUCCUCCCCAGUCAGUCGCUGCCGGCCGGCCCUCAAGUCUUCACUUCACCUCUCGGUCGCAAUGACCAAACCGUCGAGCUCGCUGUGGUGCCUGAUAUGAGGCACUGGAAGUAAUUCCUUCGUACCGCAUCAGCACUGGAGAGCAUCGCACCGUCGUUACACCUUCCAACCAUGGCCGCCGACACCUGCGCCGCGCCCGACGGCAGCAAGCCGUUUUCGUUUGGCCUCGAGCCUCGUACCCUCGCGUUCGUCGUCGUCCUCAUCUCCUCGACUCCGUUUCUCCUCGUCUUCGUCCUCCCCCGAAUCCUUGCCCGCAUCGGCCAGGCCCUCGGCUGGACCCUCCGCAAGCGCACGGAUGGCCGGCGAUCUCUACUCUUGUCGCUCAUGCAAGACGACGACAACAAGCGUGACGGUCAAGCGGACAAGAGACAAGCCCAGGAGGCCGGCGCCGGUGUGCUCAGUGGAGUCGAUAUACAGCAGCAGGACUGGAACGGCAUCGUCGGCUUCUUCCACCCAUUUUGCAAUGCCGGAGGCGGUGGUGAGCGCGUUCUGUGGGCUGCCAUUCGUGCAACACAAAUCCGCUGGCCCAAGGCCAAGUGUGUCGUCUAUACCGGCGAUCACGACGUGAACAAGGAUGCCAUACUGCACCGCAUCGAAAGCCGAUUCAACAUCCAUCUCCACCCACCAACCAUUACAUUUCUCUACCUAUCCAAGAGGCAUUGGGUCUUGGCUUCGACAUGGCCUCACUUCACCCUCCUUGGCCAGUCGUUGGGCUCCAUGAUCCUUGCCUGGGACGCCUUCUCGCUACUCGUUCCAGACAUCUUCAUCGACACUAUGGGCUACGCCUUCGCUCUCGGCCUCUCGAAGUUCCUGUUUCCUAGCGUGCCGACCGGCGCCUACGUCCACUACCCAACCAUCUCUACCGACAUGCUCGCCUCCCUGGACCCUACGUCUUCGGUCGGCUCUCUGGGUGUCAACGCCGGCAAGGGCACGGGCAGCCGCGGCAUGGCCAAGAGGGCAUAUUGGGAGCUGUUCGCCAAGAUCUAUUCAUGGGUCGGCUCCUCCAUCGAUGUCGUCAUGACCAACUCGACGUGGACUCAGGCACACGUCAAGAGCCUGUGGGGUCCGUGGCGUGAGGAGAAGGAAAAGACGCACCCAAUAGCUGUCGUCUAUCCUCCGUGUGCCGUCAGUGAACUCGAAAACGAGGUCGAGGUAUCAGAGGCGAGCGAGAAAAGGCGCGAGCCCGUGCUCGUCUAUAUUGCCCAGUUUCGUCCCGAGAAAAACCACCAGCUCAUCCUGCAGUCCUUUGCCGAGUUCCUCAGGACCAAGACCAAGGCCGCGCAGUCGGCCCGCCUGGUCCUCAUUGGCAGCGUGCGAGAUGACCAGGACUCCAAGAAAGUGUAUCAGCUGCGGCUGUUGGUUAAUGAGCUCGGCAUUAAGGAUCGCGUCGAGUUUCACCUGGACGCGUCUUGGCCCGAGAUUUUAGAAUGGCUGUGUAGGGCUUCGGUGGGCGUCAACGGCAUGUGGAACGAGCACUUUGGCAUCGGCGUGGUCGAGUACCAAGCCGCGGGCCUCAUUUCUGUUGUGCACGACAGCGGCGGACCCAAGCUGGACAUUGUCGUCGACGUGGACGGCGAGCCGACAGGUUACCACGCUACGUCUGCGGAAGAGUUCGCGGCGGGCUACGAAAAGGCCCUCUCUCAUCCCAACCCCUUGCAGGUGCGAAAGCGAGCCCGCGCCUCGGCCAAGAGGUUCACCGAAGAGGAGUUUGCCAAGAAGUGGCUGGCCGAGAUGGAUUGGCUCGUUGCUCUACGGACGAGGCGAUAGGUGGGAGGCGGUCAGGCACAACGGCAUAGAUGUAGACCAAAGAUACCCCCAUCUUUCCUUUAGCGGGAUCGUGUUUAUAGACAUUUUCGAGGCUCCGUGUGUCCGGACAGUGCAGAUGGACGACCAGAGAGGGUAUGCGACGGACGUAAUGCAAACGCUCUUGGUUCAAUUGUCCCAGUCCAGAUCAUGCGCGUGAGUGUGCGUCUCUACUGUGUAUAUACAUGUGC